GAGAAGCUUGUCAAAUGUGUACAUGAGUUUUGUGGUGACGAAGUCGGAUGUGUUUAGCAUUUUAGAAAAAUUGUUAUUUAAGUAGAAAAUAUCAAUGGAUUCCCAAAAAUAUACUCUCUCAUCACUAAAGCAAGAUAUUGUGGAUAACAAUUUGCAUGUAAAGGCAAUAAUUCAGGAUAUUCUGGCAUUUAGAGGCUCCUUGGCGGAUCUCGAGAACCUAAAUGAAGCUGGGAGAGCUAAAAUAUCUGCCCUGAGAAAGUGCAUAGAGAGAUUGGAUGAUUGGGCUCGCGAUGAGGGAGAUCCAGAAGUGGCCAAAGAUGUAGACUCACACAGACAACAAUUGACAAGGACUCUACAAGCCUUCAGAAAGGCUAAUGUAUCAACAAUGUUAGAGAUUGAGAAGGCUGACAAGCAGGAACUCCUGACACCUUCCGGAGACAGUGAAUUGCGUCAGAGACCAACGAGACUCAAUCGCUCAAGUCUGAUCUCACAACAAGAGAGUGUCACGGACAAGAUGCUCUCAAUCUCCAGGCACUUGUCCGAGACAACACAGAAGAGUGCAGCAACUCUGGACACCCUGAUUGCAUCCUCUUCGAGCGUGGAGGGCACCAGAGAUGAACUGCUAAAUACUGGAGGCACUAUCACGCAAUCCGGGAAACUGCUCAACAAGUACGGUCGUCGAGAGUGGACAGACAAGAUAAUCCUUCUGUUUGCCUUCAUCUUCUUCCUGGCGUGCGUCUUUUACAUCGUCCAGAAGCGACUCUUCUAAGCUUCAGCCAUUCCCUUUAUCUUCGUUCUCUCACCUGGUGGUCACCCUCCAUGUCCUCUCCGACACCCAAGAGCCAGGCAUUUUGGCCAGAUCCAAUGUCACGGCGCUCUCUCAAAUGAUUUAAUUCUGGGUUAAUUGAGAUCACCAUUGCAGUCCAUGCACUGGAAAUGUAAGAAUACAAUCUGUUGAAAAUUGUAGGAUUUCCAACAUUCUCUAUUGUGAUUUAUUGAAGGAUUUUUUUCUUAAUUAAUAAACAUUUUAAAUUAUUAUUCAAAA